AUGGAUAUCGCAUUGAUAAACAUACAACAUUGCUUUGACAAAAACCGAAAUAAUUUGAAGACACUUUACAGAAGUGCUGAAUUAUCCAAGGAUCUAAUAAACAGCCAUUCAGGUUUUCUGUCUGGGGAUGCAGCACUGUGGUCGUCUGGUUCUGGCUUCAAGUUCUUUAUGGGAUCUGGAACAAAGUUAAUUGUGCAGUCUAAAGAGAAUAUAGAGCCGUCCUAUUACAAGCUUUCUAAUGACUCAUGUUUGGCAACUGACUACACGGAUCAUAAAGCCCUGGACAGGCAACCGGCAUUCAGCGGUCAGAACAUUUCUGUGCGAUAUGAUGGUGAAAAGACCUACAGUGCCUUUGCCUGGGAAGCUGGAGAUUUAUGCAAAGAAACAGAUAGAUGUAAAGGAGGAUCGUCCGAUCAAAUUGAUGAAGUGGAAAGUGAUGAAAAGAUGAACUUCUUGUCACUGGGCAUCUUUUGGCUGAGAAUUCUCUUUCUGAAGACUGUUGUGUUCAACGUCCUGAUGACUGUCAAGGCAUGGAUGAGCUAAAAUAUAACAAAGAAUCCCAGUCACUUCAUCAUGUGGAUUCAACAAAAGACCAAACUUAAGAUCUUAAAGAACCAUCAGAUCUUCACCGUUGUUGAUAAACAAUAAUAAAUAAUUAUGUAUCUUAGUGUAUAUGAUCUUUAAUUCUGUAAAUGUUUGAAUGUCUUAUAUACUGUAAUAACUGUUAUAGUUUACAGUAUACAGUAUAUUUUAUGUUAGCAUUCAGUAGAUUUAAUGCAGCCUUUAGCAUUGUUCAUAAGUCUUAUUUUUUAUGAUUUUAUACAAAAUAUUUUGUAUUAUUCUGUACAAAGACUUUCUUUAAAAAGUUUGAAUUAGUUAAUCUUGCUAAGAAUUUAUUUAAUGAGUGUAAACAUGAAAACAAAUUACUAAGAGAAAAAUUUCUAACCCUAACUUUUGUCAGUCAGCCAUUAUAUUUUGAUUCAGACAUUUACACCUGAAGCUUUGUGCCAAGUGAAGGCGAUCGCUUUUGCAAACAUGUUUACUCAUGCUUCCUUCCGAUUGUUCAGUUAUGAUUGUUUUGAAUAUAUAUAUUAAACUACAUAUACAACA